GAGACGGUGCAUCGGUUUGUCCGGACCGGAGGGGAGUGUGGUCUCCAUUUUCUUCCGGCCGUGUUGGGCCUGGUAGGCCGUGCGGAGACUGCGGCGUCGAGGAGCGUCCCUUCUCCGUUUGUGUGGUGUGUGGUGACUGCCCGGUGCGAAGCACUUCUCAGGAUGCCGGGCAUGGGGCAAGGGAGGGGCCUCCGUGUGGCGGCGAGUGAGCUUCCUGGGAUCUUGACAGCGAAAAUCUCGGAGCAGCGCCUAGUUAAGUUGCUUUUACAGAAUAAACAGGUCUCCAAGAAAUAAAAGGCAAAGGUCAUUAUUGCUGUGGCUUGAGCUCAGCAUGGCUGUAGUCAUCCGUUUACUGGGGCUUCCUUUUAUUGCGGGUCCUGUGGAUAUCCGUCACUUCUUCAAGGGAUUGACUAUUCCUGAUGGAGGAGUGCAUAUAAUUGGAGGGAAAGUUGGGGAGGCUUUUAUAAUUUUUGCAACAGAUGAAGAUGCAAGACGUGCUAUAAGUCGCUCAGGAGGGUUUAUCAAGGAUUCAUCUGUAGAGCUUUUUCUUAGUAGCAAGGUAGAAAUGCAGAAGACCAUAGAAAUGAAAAGAACUGCUCGAGUAGGAAGAGGGCGACCAGGAUCCGGGGCAUCAGGGGUUGGCAACGUGUAUCAUUUUAGUGAUGCUCUGAAGGAAGAAGAAAGUUAUUCUGGAUAUGGCUCUUCGGUUAAUCGAGAUGCUGGGUUUCAUACAAAUGGUACAGGACUUGACUUAAGGCCAAGAAAGACCAGGCCAUUGAAGGCUGAGAAUCCUUACUUAUUUCUACGAGGUUUGCCUUACUUAGUAAAUGAAGAUGAUGUCCGUGUCUUUUUCUCUGGUUUGUGUGUAGAUGGAGUAAUUCUCUUAAAACAUCAUGAUGGCCGAAAUAAUGGUGAUGCUAUAGUAAAAUUUGCUUCAUGUGUUGAUGCUUCAGGAGGUCUUAAAUGCCAUAGAAGUUUCAUGGGUUCAAGAUUUAUAGAAGUCAUGCAGGGUUCAGAACAACAGUGGAUUGAAUUUGGUGGUACUGCAACCGAGGGCGGUGACACUCCUCGUAUGAGAUCUGAAGAGCAUUCUCCUUCAAGAAGGAUUAAUGGUAGACAUUUUCGGAAACGGUCUCAUUCAAAAUCUCCUAGAGCACGUUCUCGCUCUCCUCUUGGAUUUUAUGUUCACUUAAAAAAUCUGUCCUUAAAUACUAACAAAAGAGAUUUAAGGAAUCUCUUUAGAGAUACUGACCUGACUAAUGACCAGAUUAAGUUUGUGUAUAAAGAUGAAAGAAGAACACGCUAUGCCUUUGUGAUGUUCAAGAAUCAAAAAGACUAUAAUACUGCCCUGGGUUUGCAUAAGACUGUUUUACAAUAUCGUCCAGUCCUUAUUGAUCCAGUGUCUAGGAAGGAAAUGGUGAGAAUCAUUGAAUGCUAUGAGAAGAAGAGACCAGAGUCUUUAGAGAAGGAAAGGCCAGGACGUGUUUCACAAAAGUACUCUCAAGAAGGCUUCUCUGGCUCUGGUCAGAAGCUGUGCAUAUAUAUAAGAAAUUUACCAUUUGAUGUUACAAAGGGUGAAGUGCAGAAGUUCUUUGCAGACUUUUCUCUUGUUGAGGAUGACAUUUAUCUGCUUUGUGAUGACAAGGGAGUUGGUUUGGGAGAAGCACUGGUGAGAUUUAAAUCAGAAGAACAAGCCAUGAAAGCUGAACGUUUGAACCGACAAAGAUUCUUGGGGAUAGAGGUGUUGUUAAGACUUAUAUCUGAGGAACAAAUGCAGGAGUUUGGUAUAAAGUCUUCCUGGUUGUCUAAUGAGAGGACACAAGCCUGUUCCAGGUCACAUGAUGGAGAUGACUGUUCCUGUUUGUUUGACUUAAAAGAUCCGUCAUCCUGUUCAUUUGGCCAGUCUGAAAGCCUUCGUUAUCAUCCAAAAGACUUAAGGAAAAUGGGUCAUUUCAAGCAUCCCCAAGGGUAUUUCCGGCAGUCUGACAGGUGCUCUCCUGAGGACUUCAGGCACUCCCCAGAAGACUAUAGGCACCCCUGGGAGGAGCAUACCAGCCACUCUAGGGAGGAAGACUGGAGACUGCCUCUGGAGGAUUGGCCACAGGAAGAUGAUUUUAGGCAGUGUCAUGAGAAAGAUCAUAGGCAGCUAAGAAGCCCUUGGGAAGAAGACUUCAGACGGCCAUCCCAGGAGCACUUCAGGAGAUCCUAUCAGGAGCACAUUAGACGGCCACCCCAAGAACAUUUCAGGCGUUCCCGAGAGGAAGAUUUCAGGCAUGUGGCUGAUGAAGACUUUAGGCAAGCUUCUGAUGAGGACUUCAGGAUCUCCCAAGAAGAUUUGAGAUAUCCCACUGAUGAGGACUUUAGGCGGGUGUCUGUGGAAGACCUCAGGGAAGUUCCAGAGAAGGACCUUCGACUUCCUAAAAAUUUUAGAUCUUCUGGAGAGGAGUUUUGGACCCCACCUGAUUUCAGAGGUCAACAUCCCUUUGUGAACUUUGAUCAUCUACAAGGUGGCAAAUUUGAUUUUGAAAAGUAUAAAUUGGAAAAUUUUCAUGACGGAAAAUUUGUUCCUGACCUAAAGUUUAAUUGUGGUUCAGGUGGAAUAAUUCGUGUUAUGAUCUCGAAUCUUCCAUUCAAAGCCAAUGCUAAUGAAAUUCUAGACUUUUUUCAUGGUUAUAAAGUCAUCCCUGAUUCCGUUUCAAUACAGUAUAAUGAGGAAGGAUUGCCUUUAGGAGAAGCUAUCGUUUCUAUGACAAAUUAUAAUGAAGCUCUAUCUGCAGUUAAAGAUCUAAGUGGUAGACCAGUUGGUCCCCGCAAAGUUAAGCUUAGUUUGCUUUAGGAGGCCUUUUUUUUUUUUUCCUGUUUCAGUGGACAUCUUCCACACUCCCCAUCCCCCACAUAGAAUGCCUUUCUAAGUAAACAGUUUUCUUCCACAGUAUUGAUGCAGUGAAAGUAUAGGUUUUGUUUUUUUUUUUUUUUAAGUUUAGUUUUAAUUAUUUAAAAAUUUAAAAAUGUGAUUAGAAAAAUGUGUUAUGUAAGUCUGGUUUCCUUUUAUUUACUAAUGGACAUGCUUUUAUUCAAUGAUUUAAAAUUGCAUACAUUCUGUUUUUGAAAGGGGAGAUUCCUGAAUUCAUUCGGUUCAUUGAUGUUAUAAAUUCAGUCUUGUGAAAAGUGGAAGUUAUAUUUGUGGAAGGUGAAUUUAUCUUUGAUUUUAUUUUAACAACUCAGACCAUAUAAAGAAAUGAAGGCUAACUGAUUAAUCAGGUUUGGCACUUUUAUUGCUACUUGCCUGUAGAACUGUUUGUGAAGACAUUGUGCCAGUGUCUCCUAUAAACUAAAUAGUCCAGAAAAUGAACUUACUGUGAAAUAAAAUUUACUUAUGUGAAGCCUUAGGAAAUUCUCAAUAUUUGUGUUCACAACUUUGAAAACUUUUGUAAAAAUAAAAUUGCUCUUGAAAUACUUACUAACUUGUAUUUGUGUAACAAGAACAAAGACAGAAGAAUUGCUCUGGGUAGUAUGAGCCUCUCAGCAGCUAUAUUAUAGUAUGUGCUGAGCAGGACAUCUAAUCUGUACUAAUGAUGGACAGGUCUGUGAUUUCUUCAACACCAUUUUAUCUUAGCACUGGGCUCUAGGUGAUACCCUAAGUAGAUUGCAAAGACUAACACAAACGUUCAGAAGACAGUAAACUAAUCUGUUUAGGGCAAUGGGAACUCUCAGGCUGGGAAAGGAUAUGACAGUUUUCCCAGGAAGUGUUUAAGUGGCUCAUUGUAUUCAGUUUAGCUUCAAUAUUUUGUAAUUACUCACAGGCUCACUAAAUACAGAUUUCUAAGUGAAUUUUGGCUUUUUUGAUACUCUAUAUUUUGCUUAUACUCACUUAGAUUUUAACUUAUCCACAGUUACAGGACUAGUUGACUUAUGUUAGGCAAUAUGCACUUCAUAUGUAUGAUCUCAAUGUUUAUUGUAUCUAUAUUUUAUAAAUGAGAAAUGAGAAGUUAAGAAUAGUUAAGCAAGAUGUCUGCAGUCAUACUUAGAGAACAAAUUUCAACAUCAGUAGAUCCCUCAUUUUACCCUGUUGAUAAAUAUGUUUUUCUGUGUCACCUCCUUACAUUCUAUUUUUUAAUUUUAGUAACAUCAUGACAAAAAUAUUCUAAGUAAAUAUUUUUUCCUUCUACUUUUAAUGUUGCAUUUAAAGAAUAAUAAAAAAAUUAUUAUUAUUAUAAUUAUUAAUGAUACUCAAAACGUUGUUAUCUAAAGAAAUUAGGGAUAAAAGAACUUAAGAGUUUAUAAUUGGAGGAGCAGGGAUACAUUAUAUUGGUUUCCAAAUCAAAGCUCUUUGUUUUCAUUUUAUGAUUUUCAUAGUUUUAUGAGACAGUUUUACUAAGUUCCUUCAUCCAGACACUUCCCACACUGAGUAUUAUGAACAAAGUUUGUUUUUAUAUUGUAUAUUGUUUAGCUAUUGCAGAAGUAUAUAGACUACUUUCAGCAACUUAAGGAAAUCUGAGAAACCUUCAUUAAGUUUCUGUUUUUACUAAUAAAUAUCCUACUUAGAAUAAAUCAGUAAAUUUGUUGAAAAAAAAAAAAGACAUGGUCUUCAAACUAGUAGGAUUUAAAGGUAGAGUGAAAAAUUUGGAAUGCCUAAGCCAAGCACAAUGAGACAACUAAGAUAAAGCUUAAUGUGAAAGAUUAUUGAACAUGUAAUUGCUUCUCAAACUGGCCUGGGGUGGAAUGGUAGGGCAGUCAGAGAACAGCUGGUAAACAGAAGCACUGUGUCUUGAUAUUUGUUCACUUAAUCUUUUAUAUGAGUCAGUGAUUUGCAUGUGUGUAUGUGAACCAUGUGUCUGUGGAGCUAAGCAGAGUUCAUGAGAUUCCCUGAAACUGGAACUACAGACAGUUGUGAGCUCUACAACAGCAGUUUGUGCUCGCAGCUACUGAACCAUCUCUCCAGUUCUGUGCUUUGAUUUGAAAUAAGUACUGUGGCUGUCUUAUUUUCUCAGUUAUCAAGCUUACUAUACAUGUAUUGGUGUACUUGUAUGGAGGCUAGAAUUCGAAGGUGGUAUCUUGCUCACUUACUUUUUUGAGGCAAAACUCACUGAAACUGGAGUUCACCAAUUUGCUGGAUGGACUGGCCAGCAAAUCUCCAGGAUCUUCCUGUAUUUGCUUCCUCGAAGCUUUCAGGUUCUUCUGGUCGUGCAGUAAACAUUUUACUGACUGAGCCCUCCGUCAGCUCCAGACUUAUUAUUUUGUAAACUUCAUUAUAAACGUUUAUUGUAGAAACUUGUCUCCUAAAUAGAAGAAUGCGAACUAUUAUUACACAUCUCUCUCAUAUUGCCUUGUCUAACAUGUAACAUGUAGAUUUAACUUCAAUUGGCUAUCAUACAUGGGAGGUAAUAUUUAUACCCUGGAACUUAGUAAAUGGAGCAAGUCACAGUAUUCUCUUGUUUAUCAACUCGUGGGAACGGAACACAGCAGUGCCAGACACAUGAGAGAAUAGUCCAAGGCUUCAUGUUUGCAUUCCCCAGCCCCAGUAAUUUCCUGAACAGUAUUUGCUCUACGGAUAGUUUGUAUGCUGGCUGUGUAUUCCUUUUAACAAGACACCCAAUGUCAGUUUGCAUUCAAGUGAUACUUUUUUCCUUUCCAGAAUGUACAUCAAAAAGAGUAAAACAUACCUAGAAAGUAAACUUAAUCCUGUAUGAUAUGUAGAACCAUCCUAGAAGUGUUCAUUCACCAAGCAGCUAAGAAUAGUGUUAAAAAGCAGUGGCCUUUGAGCCUUCUUACCUACUAAGCAGUGACCUUGUCACUUUAUUUAUUUAUUUUUUUAAAGAUUUAUUUAUUAUUAUAUCUAAGUACACUGGAGCUGUCUCUUCAGACACCAGAAGAGGGGGUCAGAUCUUAUUAAAGAUGGUUGUGAGCCACCAUGUGGUUGCUGGGAUUUGAACUCAUGACCUUUGGAAGAGCAGUCAGUGCUCUUACCCGCUGAGCCAUCUCUCCAGCCCCCGUCACUUUAUUUUUACAUUAUGUAUUAGCAGCUGAUGUUCAGAACUAUCAAUCUGAUAACUUUAGUUUUCUUAGAGAUGUAAAAGUAUAGGCUUUUUAACAUAUUGGCGGUUGCCUGUUUUGGGGGAGCUAGGGCGUGCUGGGAAUGAAUCCCAGGGCCUCAAAAUGCAUUUUAGACUAAAUGCUAACCACCAGCCCAGUUUUCACAUUUUUAAUGUAGUUACAUGGUUACUGGUUGUGUCAUAAAAUAGCUUGAUUUUUGCCUUGCUGCCCACAAAAUGUGAUGUAUAAUAUUCCUUUUAUUAUGUUCAUCUCUGUGUUUUGACAGUCUUACAUAGACUAUGUUGGUCCUGAACUCAUUGAAGCCAAGGACCGUCCUGCUUCUGGCUUCUCAGUAGUCGGAGAAAAGGACCGUCCUGCUUCUGGCUUCUCAGUAGUCGGAGAAAAGGACCGUCCUGCUUCUGGCUUCUCAGUAGUCGGAGAAAAGGACCGUCCUGCUUCUGGCUUCUCAGUAGUCGGAGAAAAGGACCGUCCUGCUUCUGGCUUCUCAGUAGUCGGAGAACAGGACCGUCCUGCUUCUGGCUUCUCAGUAGUCGGAGAACAGGACCGUCCUGCUUCUGGCUUCUCAGUAGUCGGAGAACAGGACCGUCCUGCUUCUGGCUUCUCAGUAGUCGGAGAACAGGCUGUACCACCACACUUGCUCUCAGCACAUUUUCUGAAGAACAGCGACUGCCCACAGUUGCGGCGCCUUAGACAUUAACUUGGUGAGUCAGCUGAUGCUUGAGAGAACUGUUUGUUGAGCAGCAUCAGAAAUACCAUAGCUAUUUCCUCCGAACAUCCAAUUUUAAUACUGACCAAGAAUAUAUAAAAUUUCAGUAACAACCUCACUUCCUUAAUACCUGCCUAGGGGCUUUAAAGUAGUCUUAAGCAUUUCAACUUAGAAUGUUCCAAAGUAAUUUUAAAAGUAUUCUCAGGAAGCAAUUCUUUGUUGAAAACAAACUUCUGUUUUGAUCAUUGCUUUGAGAGUCACAAAAGCAUGGUUCUUUACCAAAAGAAAAUGGUAAGAUAUAACAAACAUUUUGUAGCUUUAGGAGUAAAGCAUAUACAUGUUGACAGUGGUGGCUUGAUAAGACAGCAGAGUGUGUUUAAUGCUUUAUGGCAUUCUAAGAUAAGGCAACAUUUCUAGCAAAGUACUUGCCUUCCAAUUAUUAAUAACUUAUACAAGUAGAAUGUGCAGAGCUGUAGAGUGAGAGCAGUUUUGUUUUAAAACACGAAAGGUUGAAUGUGGCCUUUUAAAAUUAGAAUGUAAUCAUUUAUAUAUACACUUAUAAAACCUGUUAUCAGUAUCUCAAAUCAUUACUGUGUUCAAUUUUAGUUAAAAACACUAAAUUUUCAUACCAGAUGAUGAAACAUAAGGUUAUAUAAUAAAAGUAAAAGAAGCAGUGUUUUUACUUAAGGCAUUAGGGCAUAGGAUUAUUAACUGACCUCUUCUGGUAAUCAAAACCUCAAAUUUUAUCCUAAAAGAAAGUAUGAGGCAUUAUUAAAUCUUUUGUUACUCACAUACUUUGUGUGUCACACAUGUAUUUAUAGUGCAUUAAAUCUGAAAUGCUUAGAAAUACAAUCUUUUUUAAUAGAACAUAUAUAGAAAAAUAUACACUACCAUAUGUAGGAUGAUGAAAGAAAGACUGUGUAAUCCAGAAAAAAAAAUCUUUUUUUUAAUCAGCAUAAUUUCCUUUAAUUUUCCCUCCGCCCCCAGUUUCAUAGUAGCAUUUCAUUUUACAGUUUAACCUGUCAAGUGAGUUUAAAGUGAUUCUACAUUUGCAAGUUAGAUGACAUGUAAACAGAAAUGUGAAUUCUUUGUGUAAAUUAGUUUUCAUCUUCUGUAACAUCUAAUUCUUCAUCAUCUUCAUCUUCUACUUGUUGGUCCUUCCUUGUUCGGCAGGUGGAUAUCUGUUGAAAAAUAACACACGAAAAAAUAUUUUUUUUACAUGUCUGGCAUCUUUUUACCUGUUUUUAUGAGAAAGGGACUAUAGAACAAAUAUUUCAGAAAAUAUCCCUGUGAUUUUUAAGGUUGAAGUCUCUAUUUCUAUAUCCGAUUCUAGUAGUAUCCUUCAGUAACAUAAAAUACCAUUACUGUGUAUUGUGAAUUAAAUGGUAAGUUAAAAUAAGUUAAAUUUAAACAGCCUUUCACUUUGAUAAUCAUCAAAGAGAAUGGUAGAACCAGGUAAGUCUGUUUGACAGCAGCAAUGCUGAUAAUAGAAAUGAUGUGUUAUGGAUUGAAAAGAUAAUACUAGCUAUACAUCUUUCGUUUCCCUUAGAUAUCUUACUUAUAGCUUCUCUGAGGGUGAUUUACAUCACCCAGGAUACAAUGGGCAAUGUUUGAACAUCAGAGGUGGUUGUGUUGUGCAUGUAUAUUGCUGCAGACAGAUGUUGCAGAAUAUCUUUAAUGUAUACAUACAAUCUUAACUCUACCUAACCCCCAGGAACUUGAUCUCAAGUUAUUAGGGGUCUGUACUGGCUAGUUUUGUGUCAACUUGACACAGCUGGAAUUAGCACAGAGAAAGGAGCUUCAAGUUGAGGAAAUGCCUCCAUGAGAUCCAGCUGUAAGGCAUUUUCUCAAUAAGUGAUCAAGGGGGAAAGGCCCCUUGUGGGUGGGACCAUCUCUGGGCUGGUAGUCUUGGGUUCUAUAAGAGAGCAGGCUGAGCAAACCAGGGGAAGCAAGCCAGUAAAGAACAUCCCUCCAUGGCCUCUGCAUCAGCUCCUGCUCCCUGCUCUGCUUGAGUUCCAGUCCUGACUUCUUUCAGUGAUGAACAGCAAUGUGGAAAUGUAAGCUGAAUAAACCCUUUCCUUCCCAACUACUUCUUGGUCAUGAUGUUUGUGCAGGAAUAGAAACCCUGACUAAGACAGGGUCUAAGUCUUGUACUCAUAAACGUGUUAUAUAGGUACAAUGCCUAUUUGAGAGUAACAAUAUUAAUCCCAAUUUUAUAUCAAUAAAUUCAUACCAAUAGAAUAUUUACAUUUGUAUGAAACAAAUUCUCCACCAAUGUAAGAGAUUAUAACUUCAACUUGUAUCGAUUAUAAGGAUUUCUACCAAUGUAAGAUAUACCUAUGUAAUGUUUUGCUUGAGUAAAUUUGCUAACCUAUCUCUAUUUGUCUAUUUUUAUAAUUUCUAUGAUAUUACUAUAUCUUCCCCCUUUUUCUUCUACCCCCUUUCUUUUUACCUAAGAAGGAAGGAUAGAGAAGAGGAAAGGUAGAAAUUCCUGAGUUUAAGCUCUCUAGUUUCAUUCCUGUCCAAAGCUACUUUUGUAAAGUAUCACUUAAUGACUACAUGUCCAUAAUUCAGAUAAUAACCAGAACCAUCCACCCCAACAUAAGGAACUUGAUGGAUGAUAUUUUGUCUGUUUCCAGCUGAAUUUGGGUGAACAAUUCCCUUCUGGGGCCCCAAAGGGAAAUAGGAAAAUUGGCUUUAUCAAAGGAGAGCUACUUGGAUGUGCUGAGAAAGUUCAUUGUUUAGCUGAUAUCUUGAUUAUGACAGUCUGAAAGUCUGGAGAGGCAAGCUAGGUGUUCUGGAAAAGUUAUGGAAUCAAGCCUUUAAAAAGAAGCUUCGGUGUAGUUGAGGUAGAAUCAAAUGCGAAGCUGGAAUGGAAGGUCCCUGAAUCUCUGCAUCCCAGAUUGUGAAUCUUUUCAGGGCUGUCUUUCUCUUCUUUCAUCCUGUAGUAUACAAAACUUAAAAGCAACAUAUUGUUCUGUAAAUGCAUUCAAAUGGAGUGUGCAGGGUGUGCAAAUUGAUUAAUGAAAAAUAAAGAUCACUGCCUUUCUUUAGGUUAGUGUGAUCACAUAAACUGUAAUAUAACUUUGUAUACAUGCCAUUGUAAAAGAUGGUAUGUAAUAAGUCAUGAGAAAUUUGUACCCAAUAAGUGUUAUUGGCUAUGUAUAGACAUUUUAGUCUCAGCCAGUUCCAGAGAUGUCUCCAUAUGCAUAGACAUAAAUAUCCCCCCUUAUACAUCACCUAUUUUGUUGAUUAUGUUAGUCUCCCUUUUCUUCUCUGUCGCCAAGGUCUUCCUUUGUUAUAUCUGAUUUUUAUCAACUUGAAAGGAACCCAAAGCUUUUCUUUUCCUCUGGAAACAGACAUAACUCUUCUCCCAGCAUAACACAUUUUCCAUUCUGAUGUCAGAAUAUCCUUAAUAUAAACAGGUUGGUUUAGAUGAAUAGAUUUUCCAUAAUCUAAUGUCUUUCAGCAGCUGUGGUGUUUUGUUCAUCAGCAUUUACAAAUUUUAAGGUAAAUAAAGCACUAUGUAAUCUAUCUUUGGGGGUUCUUGUUGAUCCCUAUUGUCUAUUAAGCAUCUCCUUUAGAGUUUGAUUAGAUCUCUCCACAAUCACUUGUCCUGCAGGAUUGUGUGAUAUGCCUGUAACAUGUUUUAUAUUAUAAUUUGUGAAAAACCGCUUCAUCUUAUUAGAGAUAUACAUAGGGCCAUUGUGCGUUUUAAUUUGUAUGGGUGUUCCCAUGAUGGUCAUAACUUGUAACAAAUGUGUAGUUACAGCAGCAGCCUUUUUGGAUGCUAGGGCUGAAUGAAUAUGUGUCUAUAGUAUGGUGCACAUAUACCAAACUAUAAAAUGGAACACAUCCAUUUGCCAAAUGUCACUUCUUUGGCCACCCGUAGAGUUCGGGUAGGCAAUGAAUGGCAUUUGGUUAUAUAAUGAGCAAGUAGGACCUUGUCUCACAAUUUUCUUGGCUUGUUGCCAAGUGAUAGAGAGUUCUUUCUUUAAACCUUUGUUGUAAAUGUGCUUUUUUUUUUUUAAUGGAAUUCUGAAGCCCCUAGUAUACUUCCUAUCAAUAGCUGGUCAAAUUCAUUAUUACCUUGUGCCAGAGGGCCUGGCAGACUUGUAUGGGAUCUUAUGUAUUACUGGAUAACUCCUAUUUUUGAUCAUUUGUUUUAGUUGAAUAGUCAAUUUAGAAUCAUCCUGAAUAAGUUCAGCAGUCUCUUUGUGUAAAACUUUUUCUGAGAGUCACUAUACUGAAAGACUCUUGAAAAUCUUGUCACACCAUGAUUAUUGCAUAUAAUUUAGAUUUUUAGACUGACUUAUAAGGACUCUCAGCCACCUUAUUUACAUCUUCAGAUUCCUAUCCUGACUUUCCUGAUUUACUGGCAUCAGUGUAAAAUGUAGUAGCAGCUCCAGAUAUUGGAGUUCCCUUUAUUAUAUGAGGGAGAAUCCAAUUAAUUCCUUUUAUGAAAUGAAGCCACUUGCUUUUAGGGUAUCUGUUGUUAAUCUCUCCCAAGAAGUUAUUGUAUGCUUCAUUAUUCAUAUUCAUCUUGUGUCCAAAACGAGGCAAUUUCUGUGUAAGUAAAAUGUACCACAAUUUCAGUUGGAUCCUUUCCAACUAAUUGUCAAAGUCUCAUUUUUUUUCCUUUUAGUAUCAAUUUAGAGACCUUCUUAAUGUAGUUUUUAGUUUCUUACUCUGUUUAUGUGCUAAAAAUAUCCAUUCUAAGAUAUAAUCUUCCCUCUGCAAAAGAAUUCCUGUAGGGAAUGAGUAAAAGGUAAGAUAACUAAGAUGUAGGCCAACUUUGUGUCAAUAUGAUCUAGAUGUGAAUCCUGUAAUUUCCUUUAUAACAAGCUAACUCAUCCAUCAUCAGUUGAUAGUUUCCUUGGGCUAUUUAAAUCUUUAUCACCUUGUAAGGUUUGAAAUAAAUUGUUUAGCUUUUGAGUGGCCAUAGCCAGUUAUUAUAUCCCAGUAGCUUCUGAAAAUCAUUAAGCGUUCUUAAUUGGUUUCUCCUUAUUUGUACCUUUUGCGACCUAACCCUUUCUAGACUUAUUUUAUACCUUAGAUAAUUAAUAGAAUUCCCCUUUUGUAUUUUUUUUAGGGGCAAUUUGCAAUCCCCAGCAAUACUAGGGUUUUUUGGUUUGGUUUGUUUUUUUGUUUUUGUUUGUUUUUUACUUCAUCAAACAUUUUUUUCCACAAUAUUUUUAUCUGGAUCAGCCAAUGGGAUGUCAUCCAUAUAGUGACAAAUAAUGGAUUGGGAAAAUUGUUUGUGAAUAUUUUCCAUUGGCUGUUAUUCAAGAUAUUGACACAAGGUAGGGCUAUUUAGCAUUCCUUGUGGCAGGGCUUUCCAAACAAGGACUAUCCACAGCAAUCGAACACUCUUUAUUCUACAAACCAGACUUACGUGGGGAAUGUAUGUUAUACUUUGCCUAUUUAAUGCUGGUCCCUUGACAGGAUAUAUCUCUAAAUUUACCACUCCUUAAGAGCCAAGGUAAGUGCUGUCUUUCCCCUAUCCAGUAGCUAGCAGCUCCAAGUCUUACUUUUAAGGGUAGUUGUAAUGAUACUAUUUUUGUUCAGAUGUCUCUACAACUAGUCUUAAGUUUCUCUAGUGAAUGGGAACUCUGUUUUAUCUUUGCAACUAUUCCAAAUAAAUGGUGCUAAUUAAUUCCCAUUCCUCCCUUCCCCCCCCCCCCCCUAGUGAAUGCUAACUCAAUCCCCAAUUUGUGGAAGCAAAGAAGCAAACUAAGACUAAAGGCUGUCCCCAUAUACUUUGACUCUUUAAUACUGUACCUUGUGUUGUGGUUGACUCCAACCAAAAAAAAAUGUUUGUUCCUAACCAUAUCUGUUAUUUUUCUAUAGUUACAGAUCAUAAUGCAAAAUACUGUUUUCUGGUGGUCUUAGGUGACCUACAGGUUUGAGAACCACUGCUGUGAGCCUUCUAAUACUGCAGUAUACAAAUGGAAUCCUGAUGUGCUCUACACCCUGUCUUUACAUAGAAUCAAUAACUAUGAUUUAUGAGAAAUGUUUCAUGCAAAUAAAGCCAGUUUUUGUGUUUA